AUGGUUUCCAAGAUCUUCUCCACCCUCGCUUCCAUCGCGCUCGUCGCGGCUGGGCCUAUCAGCCUCCGGGCUGUCGUGCCUCACGACUCUCUGAACCCCGUGACGCAGCGAGUCCAGACCGGAGCUAUUGGAGACGCCAUUGCCAAGUUCAACCCUCUUCUCCACAUUGCCAAUGGCUGCCAACCCUACACGGCCGUCAACGAUGCCGGCGAUACCAGCGGCGGUCUGCAGGACAGUGGCAACAUUUCUGCGGGGUGCAGGGACCAGUCCAAGGGCCAGACCUACGCCCGCGCCAAGGUGGUCAACGGGCAGCUGGCCAUCAUGUACUCGUUCUACAUGCCCAAGGACCAGCCGAUCGCGGGCAACGUGGCAGGCGGGCACCGGCACGACUGGGAGAACAUUGUCGUCUUCGUCGACGACCCAGCCGCGAACCCGGCACCGGGCAUCCUCGGCGGCGCCGCGUCUGGGCACGGCGAGUACAAGAAGACGGCGACGCCGGACCGCGAGGGCGACAGCGUCAAGGUCGAGUACUUCACGACGUUCCCGACCAACCACGAGCUGCAGUUCACGGCGACGACGGGCAAGACGUACCCCAUCUCGGACUGGGAUGCCAUGCCCCAGGCGACGCGCGACGCGCUCGAGACGACCGACUUUGGCAGCGCCAACGUGCCUUUCAAGGACGCCAACUUUGACAGCAACCUCGCCAAGGCGGCGCUCUAG